UCGAUUCCCACAUUGGGCGUCAUUAUUUAUUUUACUCUUUAUCCUUCCCGGUUAUCAUUUUCAACGGUUAUCAUUUGUAACUUUUGUCAUUCGCAUCCAACAUUCAUUACAUUAAGCAAUUUCCACCACUUUGAUUACGCAUUCGCAUUCAACAAACACAUUCAUUACAUUAACCAAAUUCAACCAGCAAGAAGGAAGGAUCCUCAUUAGCUCAGUCGGAAACUGUCAUGUAACGCGGGAAUUGGGGAACAAAUGGUGCAAGAGAAUGAGUAUGGAUUGCUCCCAGGAAUAAAUUGGCAGGGCGGACAUUCCAAAAUUUAAACAGCAGAUGGGGCAAAAUCAGAGUUAAAUAGUAGGGAGUGAAUUGGCCAAACUGAAAUUCUAAAAUUUUCCAAAAGAUGGUGCCAAAUCGUAGCCGGAAACCAAAAUUGAGCGUGGUCUGAUCAAUGGAACACACACGAGAGCACAAAGGUGGUUUUUUAUUAUUCUUUUAAUUGUAUUUUAUUUUACUAGCUUGGCUGAAAUAUAUUCUGUAACCGCUUAAAGCAAUAUUAUCACAGAAUUGGACUAAGCUGCCCACCCUUAUGAGAAUAGGGGUGUGUUAAAAAGGGUAAAACAGAUGAGUUCUUGGUUUUAUUAUUUCAUUUUAUUUUUUAUGUUUUAUUUCAAUUGCUUGGCUGAAAUAUAUUCUGUAACGGCUUAAAGCAAUAUUAUCACAGAAUGGGACUAAGCUGCCCACCCUUAUGAGAAUAGGGGUGUGUUAAAAAGAGAAAAGAAAGAGAUCAAUUCAAAGGCUUUGAUUUAUUUUGAUUUAAUGGUUGACCAAAGUCUGACUUUAAAGUAUUGGUUUUAAAAAAGGAGAAGUAAAGAAAAGAGGAAGCAGGGUGCCUGCCAAGGGGGGUUUCCACAGAAUUUCAGUGGAAAGAGUGAGCCGGAAACGAGCUGCCCGGAAAAACCGCAGGGGAUGAGCGUGGGAAGCUGGACAGUAUAGAAGCCGUAGGCGUGGGAAACUGGACAGUAUAGAAGCCGUAGGCGUGGGAAACUGGACAGUAUAGAAGCCGUAGGCGUGGGAAACUGGACGGUAUAGAGGCAAGCGGAAAAGGGAAGGGCCAGAAAAGUCUAUAAAAAGGCCACCCUGGCCAUCGACAGGGCUCUCUCCUGAUCGCGGUCAAGUGAACAGAAGCCGAUAGGAGUUUCAAGACUUUUUCCAAAGCCUUCGAGAUUUUUGUGUGAGACGCAAGAUUGCUGGCACGGAUUAACUUGGAUUCACUCAAAAGAAUUGGACUGGACAAUUUUGCUUGAGAAACUAGAAGGUGGAAGAGGCGAAGUGGUUUCUUGGACUACAGAUUUCUUUCAGCUCCCUCCUGUGAGACAGUCAAAACCUCUGUGCGUGUACGAUCCUACGCGGCUGGACCACUGGCGUGACGACUUCAAAGAGAUCACGCUCACCGCCAUCAUGAGGCAGAAAGACGAUGUCGCCUUUGCCGAACUGCUGAACCGACUCCGCGUCAAAGAAAAGUCAGAUGAACUGUCGGAAAUGGACAGAGCUCUCCUUGCCACGAGGUACACUUCCCCAGAAAUGUGUCCAAAGCAUAUUCUGCAUGUUUUUGCCACCAAUAAACAGGUGGAUGGCCAUAACUCUGCGAUGCUGGAACUGCUUCAUAAGGACAUUGUGCAGAUUGACGCGGAUGACUACAAGAAAGACAAAGGAACUGGCAGAAUGGCAAGGCAAGCUUCCCCUGUGCAAGGCGCUAAGAAUGAGCUCCCGGACUCAAUCAAAGUUGCCUUGGGUGCUCGUGUUAUGAUCACACGGAACGUUGAUGUUCAAUCAGGUCUGUGCAACGGGAUGUUUGCAAAAGUUGUCAAAUUGGUGAACUAUCCAAAUGAAGCCCGUGUCCAGAAACUUGGCUUGGAACUUGAUAAUGUGAGUAACACAGCGCGUGCUGCUAACCCCGUGUACAUUGACAGACUGGAGGAGAAGCUGAACAAGGCUGGAGUGACGCGCCGACAGUUUCCCAUCAAGCUUGCUUUUGCCUGCACGAUCCACAAGGUACAAGGCAUGACAACAUCAGAGGCUGCAGUUUCGCUGAAAGGUGUCUUCGAACACGGCAUGGGGUACGUAGCUCUGAGUAGAGUGACUUCGCUCAGUGGUCUGCAUAUUCUGCAUAUGGAUGAGAGAAGACUUCAUGCAAAUCCACAAAUCACUGCUGCUCUUGCUGAGAUGGCAGAGGAUUCUUUGGAGAGCGCCUUCACGUGAUGCCGUCGGUAGAUCGGGCAAAUCACCUGGUUGUCGUCCAUCAUAACACCGAAGGGCUGGCUUGUCACGUGCAAGAUAUCGUGUCUCAUCACGAACUGCUUUUCGCUGAUGUUUUGUGCUUCACAGAGACACACCUCCAAGGAUCAGUGGCCGAUGGACGUGCUUGCUUGGAAGGCUACACGAUGUUUUGCAGGAACUGAAGUGAUUCUUACACAAACUGUCCUGACUUGGCGACAAAACGUGGUGGCGGCGUAGGUAUUUGUGUCAAAAGUCACAUCGCGGCCCAGGAAAAGAAAUACGUUCAGGGUGUGACCGACUUUGAAUUUGUUGUGGUGAAACUUGAAGAUCCCCUCAAUGUGUUGAUUGCUGCCGUUUACAGGCCUCCAGGCAACAGUCUGCGCACUUUUCUGCCAAGCUUGGGAAAUCUCUUGCGGUACCUUGAAGUAAUGGAGCAUCAUCAGAUCUUGGUAUGUGGAGAUUUUAAUGAAGAUAUGCUAUCUGUCUCAUUCAAGCCCAUUCUUGAUUUGUUCCGCUCGAAAGGCUACACGCAACUCAUAGCCACUGCUACCACUGACAAAAACACAUUGCUUGACCUCAUUUUUGUCUCUCGACCUCAGUGUGCCCUUCAUUCAGGUGUCCUGCAAACGUACUACAGCUAUCACAAUCCUGUUUUCUGUGUUUUGACCAGUGAAAGGUAAGUCACAGCUAAAUCAUGCGGUUCAGCAUUUUCUAAAACAACAAGGAUGGAAAUCGAAACGUGAAUGGUGUCGUAAGUGUAUAAUAAUAGUGGUGGGAUGCGGUGGGUGAUUUGUUGACUUGAGGAAAGAUGGGAUCCGGAGUGGAAGUGCUCAUUACUUGACCUCUUUUUCUUUCUCUCGGCCUCUGUGCUCUUUAUUCAGGUUUCGUGCGAAUAUACAACAAUUAUCACAAUCCUGUUUUCUGUGUUUUCACCAGUGAAAGGUAAGUCAAAUCUAAAUCAUGUUUUUCACUAGUUGGAAAAACAACGAGGACAGACGUCGGAUGGCGUAAGUGUAUAACAUUAGUGGUGGGAUGUGGUGGGUCAUUUGUUGACUUGAGAUGAAAUGGGAUCUGGGGCUCAGAAUGGUAAACGUAAUGUUGCCAUUAGCCUCACAAUUUCCACAUAGAAAAUAACUACCAACCCAUGUGGAUAGCGAUAGCUGGAAAAGCAGCUUUAUACUGAUCACAUAAAUUGGUGGCAAACACAAUGAAAUCCACCCCUAUUUUGGACACUGAGGUUUCUGCGUGAUGCUAGCAAUUAACCUGUUGCCUGCCUGGAAUUACAAAUGGAGAAAACAUCGAAUUGGAAAAUAGUUAUCGAUGGCAAAGGUUUGCUUGACACGAGAAGCAUGCUUCAGAGUGAGUGAAGGGGAGACGGAGAGGAGUGGCCUUUUUAACUUGGAUUCACUUUUAUUAUUUUUAAAUGGUCCCAGGCAAAUCAUAGAAGAGUGAUAAAUGGAAACAAACCGUGAGUAAAGCCUUACAUGAAACUGUGAUUAAAAAGUAUCAUGAGGAAAGGUGGUCAUACAUGUAAAGACAAGGACAGUUGAUGUAGCUGAACUCAUGUCUGUGUUGGUAAGUUGAGGAUGGGCCUUUAUGUUGAUAUGGAAUGGGGGUUGGU